AUGACAAAUAAACGCUGUGGUUGGUGUUCAGAUGAUCCUAUUUAUAUUGAAUAUCAUGAUCAAGAGUGGGGUAAAUCCAAUCGAGAUGAACAGCAUUUAUUUGAAAUGCUUUGCCUAGAGGGGCAACAAGCAGGUUUAUCUUGGAUUACUGUUUUAAAAAAGCGUGAAAGCUACCGCGCCCAAUUUUUUAACCACCCGAUUCAAACCAUCGCCAAUUUUACUGAACAAGAGCUUGCACUAAAAUGUCAGGAUGCUGGGCUGAUUCGCCAUAUCGGGAAAUUAACGGCAAUUCGUGACAAUGCCAUUGCAUGGCAAAACAUGAAAGCUCAAGACAUCGAUAUGGUGAACUGGUUAUGGGAUUUCGUCGACCAGCAAGUACAACUCAAUGAUGUCCCUGAUUAUAAAUUAGCACCGGCACAAACCGAAACCAGUCAAAAGCUUUCCAAAGCGUUAAAAAAGAAUGGUUUUAAAUUUGUUGGUCCAACCACUUGCUAUGCCUUUAUGCAAGCAGUGGGAAGGAUUCACAUGUCAAAUAAUACGUUUCAUGCUUAUGCUGCCUUAGAGGCAGGUGCAGCACUUGUGCCCUAUCAAUUUGAUGCAGGUGAAUUACAGCCUCAUCAGGUCGAAGUCAAAGUUGAAUAUUGCGGUUUAUGCCAUUCCGAUGUUUCAGUGAUUAACAAUGAAUGGGGAAAUUCAGUUUUCCCAGUGGUUGGCGGUCAUGAAAUUAUCGGUACCAUCACUCAGCUGGGUUCAGAAGCGAAAGGAUUAAAAGUCGGUCAACGUGUCGGUAUCGGUUGGACUGCGGAAAGUUGUCAGCACUGUGAUCCAUGUGUUAGUGGUCAACAAGUGCUUUGCACAGGGGGUUCAGUUGCAACUAUCGUUGGUCAUGCAGGCGGGUUUGCAGAUAAGGUCCGUGCAGGUUGGCAGUGGAUUAUUCCUUUUCCUGAAGAUUUAAACCCUGAAAGUGCUGGCCCUUUAUUGUGUGGUGGUAUCACUGUUUUUGACCCAAUCUUAAAACAUCAAAUUCAAGCAGUUCACCAUGUUGGUGUGAUUGGGAUUGGUGGCUUAGGUCAUAUGGCCAUUAAAAUACUCAAAGCGUGGGGUUGUGAGAUCACUGCCUUUACAUCGAGUUUGGAUAAAACAGAUGAACUUAAAGCGAUGGGUGCAGACCAUGUGGUCAAUAGUCGCGAUGCCAAUGCUUUAAAAGCACAACGUGGCAAAUUUGAUUUAUUGCUCUGUACGGUAAAUGUGAGUUUGGACUGGAAAGCAUAUCUCAAUACACUGGCGCCAAAUGGCACAAUUCAUAUGCUAGGUUUAGUCCUCGAACCGAUGCCGAUUCCAGCGGGUGCACUGAUUGGCGGUGCAAAAUCAGUGACUGGUUCACCAACAGGCUCCCCUUUUGCAUUGCGUCAAUUAUUACAAUUUGCCGCACGCAAAAAUAUUGCACCACAAAUUGAAGUUUAUCCAAUGUCAAAAAUUAAUGAGGCUUUGGAGCGACUUCACUCUGGAAAAGCUCGUUAUCGUAUCGUAUUAAAAGCGGAUUUCUAA